AUGGCUGUGGAUGAUUGGUUGCUGGAUGAUUCCUCAAUGCGUGGUUGUGAGAUGUAUGAGGGCGAGGACCUGGGCCACAAGGUCAAGGCUUGGGCGCCAGCAAUGGCACAGAGGCUAGGAGCAGGACUACAGGUUCCAUAUGGGGCUGGAUGGCUGGAGCGGAAUAUGGACAGUGUGAAAAGGAACCCUUGA